UAUCUAUUGUUCUCCAAAAAGAUACCGACGCGUGGUUUGUGGCUCCGGGGAAGAAACAUCGAGUGACUGACUACAAUGGCUGCUUCUCCUACCGCCAUAACCGCCUCUUAUCUAAUCCCUCCACGAAGCGCAUUCGCUAUCUCUUCCCAUAGACUCUCGUCACUGAGAAGAUUGAACCUCAGUUAUCUACAGCGGAGAGCCAAUGCACAAACGCCGAGGCGCGUUGUGGUACGCGCCGCCAGGAUUGAGUCAGGUGGAGUCGAAUUAGGAGCUAGGGCUCCGGAUUUCGAGCUUCCGGAGCCGCUCACCGGGAAUGUAUGGAGAUUAGAUGAUUUCGAGCUGUAUCCAUGUCUACUGGUUAUGUUCAUCUGUAAUCAUUGCCCCUUUGUGAUUCACUUGAAGAAAGACAUUGUAAAGCUCUCCAAUUUCUAUAUGAAGAAAGGUCUGGCUGUUGUUGCAAUAUCUUCGAAUUCUGUAGUAACCCAUCCUCAGGAUGGGCCGGAGUUCAUGGCAGAAGAUGCCAAAAUGUUCAAGUACCCGUUUCCUUACUUGUAUGAUGAGUCACAAGAGGUUGCAAAGGAAUUUGGAGCUGUCUGUACCCCUGAGUUUUUCUUAUAUAAGAAGGAUGGUCGUAGGCCAUUUGAACUGGUCUAUCACGGCCAGUUUGAUGAUUCCCGGCCUAGCAAUAACACACCAGUAACUGGGAGAGAUCUAAGCCUCGCGAUUGAUCUUGUACUUAGCUGUCAACCAAUACCAACGAAUCAAAAGCCAAGCGUUGGUUGCAGCAUAAAGUGGCAUCCUGGAACAGAAUCUUGAGCUAAGACAUUGACUGUGCUCUAUAAACCCGGUUGCGCAACAUUAUUUUCAGGCGAGUUGAUUGUUCUAUAUCACAAUUUAUGUUCCAUAGACUCAGUUUUAACACUUACAGGUUUGUUCCAAAAUCAAAAGCUGAAAGGAGAGAAGGCAAGGCAGAAGAACUUCAAGAGCAUGGCCAGUAAAAUUACUUAUGUAGAAAGUGUAAGUUGUAUUCAUUAUUCAGUAAAAAUAUACAGUACUCUACUCCACGGAUCCCAUCUCGUGGGAGCGUUCAUGUGUGAUGUAAAUUAAUGAACAAUAUAAGAAUGACUUUUUCGUGUAA